UUCCAGAGUCCCUUCGCCGUCUUUUGCGCCAAAAAAACGCGCCAUGGCGAUGGAAGCCGCCAGCCACACCGCCUGCCGGGCCAGAAGGAUCCUCGUUGGGGCGAAGUCCAGGCAGAAGGAGAGUUGGGAUGAGCUGUUUCAGGCUGCGGACAAGGAUAGGUCGAGGAUGCUUGAUUUGAAAGAAUUGAAGAUUGUGAUCAGGGAGAAGCUGCACAUCCCCGAAUCCGCGCUCACCGACUUUGAGAUUCAGAGCAUCCACGGAGAGAUCGACCUGGACCAGAGUGGAGUCAUCGAUUGGUCCGAGUUCCUCACGUUCGUGGCGCGUGGCCCCAAGCGCCCGGAGGACGAGGCGAAGCUCUUCGCCUUGAGGACGAAACGGGUCCACCGCAACCUGAGGAUGGCGUUCAACAAGUUCCAGACUGAUCAAGCCGCAGUGCAGAAGCUCUUUGAAAAGAUCGACCGCGGCAGCGAUGGAAAGAUCUCGAUCCAUGAGCUGUUGAGUUUCGUGCGCUCCGAUCUGAAGCUCUCAAAAUGGGACGUCUUCGAAUCAGAGAUGAAGUCCUUCUACCGGACCAUGGACACAGAUGGCGAUGGUGUGGUGGUGGAAGAGCUGCUGCAGUUCAUCCACAAGACGCGCUCCAGUUUUCAAAAAGGGAAGCUGGACAAGUUUAGCUUCGUGGAGGACCCACGCCCAGGGAAUGUGCGGAAGCAGCCCACCUAUCGCAUGCAGCUGCUGUCCGAGAGGAUGCCCAAGGCCAGACACCGCCCUAGCUUUAGAAUGAGCUUCCGAGCGAGCACAAAUCUAAGGUCAAGAGUCCUCGAGUGCGGGCGAACUUCGGAACCAGAGGACCAGCUCUUUGCCCCAGCUGGUCUCGACCCCUUCCUUCGUGAAUCUGGGCCGAUCCAGGCCGCCCAUCGUGCGCUGAGCGAACGCGGUGCGCGUUGGCGAACGCGUGUGGGUGGAAGUGCAGGUCCCAGCUAGCCAAUGAGCCGUGGCAAGUAGAAGGGCAUUCAAACAGAAGUGGUUUGUUGGUGGGGAAGCCUUAGUGUGUAGCUGGUGAGUUUGCGCUUCCAAUUGUGCAUUAUAUAGAUUUGCCGGCAUUGCACACUUUACCUCAGUAUACCUUCCCAUGGAUAGCCUGCGG